AUGGGAAUCAAGGAGCCCAGUGCAGACCAAAAGGAACUCAACGGAAUUUUGCGAAAGCUGGGCGAAGAAGUAUCUGAACAGAGAAUCGAGGCCACGAAGGAACUUUUGAGCCAUCUGGCUGAAGAUGCAGGCGACUCGAAAAGUCGUGUUGACAGAGCAGUCACUCGACUGGUAAACGGCGUGUGCAGUGGUGCCAAAGCCGCUCGUUUGGGUUUCUCCAUGGCGCUGGCUGAGGUGCUCAGAUUUGCACGAAAUGGCGACCAGAAUUUCUUGACAUUCGAAGAACUUUUAAGCAAAAUCUCGGCAUUGACGCCUGAGACAACUCGUGGGCAGGAGGAGAGGGACUACCUGCUGGGGCGCAUGUAUGCAUACCAUGCGAUCCUGCUGAGCGAUGUUCUGCGCAAUGCCACAGAGGCAGAGGUCAGCUCUGUUUUCGAUGCUCUCGCUGAACUGGCUCCGCAGAAAGAGUGGCUGAGAAAUGAAUGCGGUCUGAUACUGAUGGAGUUCUUGAAGACGCCAGCCAAUGUGGACCUGGUACUACCUUUGAUUGCCUCUCUGGAUUCGAGGGGCCUAUUGAAGUCGCCUGAAGGCGUGGCAUUGUGGUUGACAGCCAAGGACAGCUUCCAGAAUGUCAAACUGCCUAAAAAGGUGUGGCAUCAUCGCAACCCACUCUCCUCGCAGGAUCGCGGCGAGCUUACUCGUAUUCUACUCAAAAAUGCAGUUGAGAGUAAAGAGGUCGAGCAGCCGCAACAGAAUGGGGAAGGCAAGAAGAAGAUGAAGGGAUCGGGUGCGCGACAAUCUAUGCCGAGCUUCGCCUGGAGUGUCAUACUGCAGCAUCUUUACAAGACCGACGAUGGCAAAGAUCUCUCAUCAUUCUGGGAAGACUGCCUCGCAAAGCCGAUGUUUUCUGCAAACUCUUCAGCUGAACGGAAGUCUCUUGGUCUUCAAAUCUUCAGCCAGGCUAUCAAGACCGCUCCUGCAGAACUCCUUGGAGACAUUGUGCACAGCAACAUCGUGCGCUGUAUUGUCGAUCAGAGGUCCAAGUCUGAUCGCACCCUCUUCGCCGCCGCUGCGGUGCCACUGAACACUAUCAAAGCUCGAGGCCUGGCCGAUGCGACGGCGGCAGCUGAGAUCGUUUCUAAGCUGCUCGAAGUGACGCCAGCGACUCUAGACAAGCUUACGAGGCAGACUAUGGAUAGUCUUCUCGCGUCAGCAGACCCUGAGAGCCUUGUUCACGUUGUGAAGGUCAUUAACGAUGUGUGCCGCUCUUCAAACAUAUUGCCUUCUGAUCCAGGCGAUGCUGAGAAGAAGCGCCGUCUGCUAGCAGAUGCGCUACUAUCGAUCAUUCGCUCGAGGCGGAGCCAACCAGAGCAGUUUUUCAAGAAAGGAGAGAAGGCGUCACAGUGGCUGAAAGGCGCCUUGCGCAACAUGGCCGACCUAGCUUACAGUGGAGAAAAGCUCUCUCCUCUUCUUCAGGAUACGACGCGGACGAUAUUCCAGGAUCGGCUACUCUCUGCACUCGGACAUCUCGUCAGCUUGCCACUCGAUCAAGCGAUUAUUGCCCCUCUUGUUGUAGUGGAGAAACUGGAAACAAUUGAGAGCGCAUUCGCAGUUACUUUGAACGGUACGGCGACAGAGGCCAUUAGGGAUGCACAAAAGGCGCUCAAGAAAGCAGCGAACAAGGCAGAAAGCAAGAAAGGCAGCAAGGCCACAGUCGCAAAGGCGUCACAGCUUCUGCUUGCCCUCGGUAUCCUUCAGGUCUACAAGCAGGAACCCGAUAGCGUGGAGGUUCUCAAAGACAUCACUGAUCAUUACAAAAGUAGUAAGAGCGAGGAUUCUUCACUAUUGCUUGUCGAACUGCUGCUCAGCUUUGUGGCUAAGCCUUCAGCGCUGCUCCGCAAGCUGGCUGAACAAGUGUUUGCCGCCUUUGCCCCAGAGAUUACUGCGGACGGGCUGCAGUCGAUGAUCAGCGUUCUCGAGCCCAAGGAGAGCUUAGCCGGCAAACGCGAGCUUUUCAAAGGCGAAGAGGACGAAGAAGACGACGACGAGGAUGACGACGACGACGACCAGCCUAGUAUGGACCUCGACAUGGAAGACAUAGAAGAUGCCUCCGAUGUUGAGAUUGUCAAUGGCACCAUCUCCGGUGCCAUUGAUGACGAUGGAGAGGACUCUGUAUCAAGCAGUUCAGAUGAAGAAGCGGCCGACGGGGCAGGCGACGAGGACGAGGAAGCAGAAUUCGAUCGCAAACUUGCAGAUGCUCUAGGCACCGCUGGUGUGGAAGAAGCCGAUGACGAUGAGCAUGGCUCCGACAUGGACGAUGACCAAAUGAUGGCCAUCACUCCCCACCUGGAAACUAUCUUCAAGGAGCGUAAGAAAGGUUCGAGCAACAAGCGGGACAAUCAGGAUGCCAAGGAAGACGUCGUGAACCUCAAGAACCGCGUGUUGGACCUUUUGUCCAUCUAUGUCAAGUCGCAGCACUCCAAUCCUCUGGCUCUGGAUCUGCUUCUGCCACUGAUUACCCUCACUCGCACCACAACAAGUCAACCAACAGCACAAAAGGCAAUGGAAGUCCUGGAAACAUAUUUCGACACGAGCAAGAAGCAGAAGACGCUGCCCAUCGCAAAUGCUGAUGACAUAUUCCAAGUUCUCGCCAGUAUAUUCGACGAGAUGCGUCUGGGUGGGAGCAGAAUCCAUGCUGCGGCGUGCAGUCGCUCUGCUCAAUUUCUCGCGAAGAUUCUUCUAUCUGGUGAUCCAGGCGCGUGGAAGAAGAUCAAUGGCAUGUACGGAGACUUGUUGGAUGAAUGGAGGACCGAUGCCAAGACGAAGAUUCCGAACACUGUCUUCACUCACUGGCUGGAUUGGUCUAUGCAGAAAUAA